AUGCCCAAGGUAGGUGGCCAAAAAGGAUGCGAUGAGUCGGAACUGCCGCCCUUGGGGUUACGAAUUAGAUCGGUCGACAUUCUUUUCAUUGCGCUUUCCUCAUCAAGAAAUAUCAGGUGGGGACAAAUCAACAACAACCCACAACCCAAAAUUGGGCAAGUCACCACGAAAACGCAAGUGUUUGGCCGCAACUCGUGCUUCUCGACACCACAUGUUUGCUUCCGUUCAACAGGUGUUUCAAUAUGGAAAGAAGGGCUGUUCGUCAGCAGACUUUUAUAA